AUGGAUGAAAAGCCAGAGUCGGCAGCAAAUGCAGUCAAGGCCAUCACAGUGCUCCAGAAUGUCAUUAUCAUGCAAGAACCUGGAAGAUCGGUGCUACGGCACAUUGAGGAUGACGUGGCCGUCUCAGUAUCCCCCCAGUGGGCCGGUGGUCCGCGUCGAGUGUUGUCCAGGGAUGUCCAGAUCUCGACCUCCAUCCUGACCAGCACCGUAUGGCCAGGUGGUGUGAUGGGAAACGUUGUCAAAGUUUCAAGUCCCUGGCUGUGCAGAGAUUCGAAACCGUCCAUGUCGCGACAACACCCCUCCAGCUGUCGCCGGUAUGUCUCGGCGAGGUGUGCCCACAAUCCGGACACGUACCUGGGGCGGAGAGCCACAAACCCUCGUGAGUGGCAACAGUCUGUCCCUCCUGACUACUGGCACUACGUGGUCCAGUUAACAACUAAGAAUUGGUUGGUUCUUGGAAUACUUCUGUAAUCCCGUUAUAGG